UCUCCCUCGUCUCUACCAUUCCUGAUUGAUUGACCACACAGACUGUUUUCCAAGCUGAAACAUGCUCCCAGCCUGUUCUGCAUGUGGAAUAAGUGUGCCCAAUCAGGCAGUGACAGUCGACGCUAACAGCGUCACGCUCCACUCUCCUCACCCAAGCCUCGCCGGCUUGCAAACAACCGACAUCGUCGCACUCCGAGAUUACAGUGAUGCGGGCACAGGAUGUCGAAGAACAUUUCGUGUACAGCGACGAGUGUACAAUUAGGCUACAAAAGAUUUCCCGACCGUCAUGAACGGCCGCGGAUCAAAGCAUGGAGGUGUGACCUGACCGCUCUGUCCCGAAGUCACAACUUCUACUUUGUAGCAUGCAACGACACCAUCCGCGUCUAUCAGCCCAAGUUCCCAGAUCAGUCGAUCCCAGGCGAUCCAGCAUUGAUUCUGCAUCCACCCAUUUCAGCGCCAGGUCUGACACCUGGGAUUGACCACGAAGAUUCGCAUUCGAUCACAAGACUUCAUGUAGACUACUUGGGCCAGGACGAAAUCAUCCUCAUUACCUGCGAUGACGGUGACGUGAUCGGGUAUCGUACCGAAGAAAUCCAGCGCGUGCUUGAUAAGCAUCGGGAAGCACCAGAUGACGAAGAUGAAUUCGAUAUUGAAGAGCCUGUCAGGACUUUUCUGCACCGUAACGUCGGUGCUAGCGCGUGGGGCCUUGCCAUCCACCAGGAGGCACGGAUGAUCGCGAUCAGCGCGAACACUGAGAAGGUCACAGUCAUUGCCUAUGCAUUGGCGCAGCCGAUGGACUACUCAGACGACGAGGAUGCGUCGUCUGACUCUGGACUGAGUAAUUGCUCCGAUGAAGAGGAGUCGAAGGACUUUCCACAACCGCGGCGGCAAGACCACAUCAUUACCCUCUCUGCACGCCAUAAUGUGCCAUCAGUCUCGUUCAACAACAGCGGUGAUGAUCCGUCGGGUCGAUGGCUUUCAAGCUGCUCGAUCAACGGAGAAGCCUUGAUAUGGGAUCUUCACAACCCAGAGCAGGCUGUUCGGACCAUUCGACUCGGGUUCUGUGCAAGCGUCAGAGACCCCACCAAAGCGCCAAAACUCAAUCCUGGAACCUGCGCGUGUCUGAGACCCAGCAUGGUUCCGCAUGCAGUAUGGGAUACCAUGUUUCUCGAUGUUGAUAUCGCCUUUGAAGACCCAUCGCUGCAGUUUCCGGCGCUCCCUGUGGACCACCCUUUUCCUCAUAUCCGGGAUGUUAGUGAGUGCAAAUCACGGUUCGCCGUGAAGCCGCGUAAGCAUCCUCAUAUGGGAAUACCCACCAUCGAGGCUUCGUCUGAUGACGAAUUCAGCAACAUGAACAUAUCUGAGGCUGGGUCCGUAAUUUCUGAUGAUGAAGGAUCACAGCUGUCCUCAUCCACUGGGUCCACCGACAGUGAAUACGUAGAUAGCAUUGAAGAAGCAGUUAUGGAGCUCGACGCGACCGGAGAUCCGGUGGAUGAUCAGCUGUCUCAAGAGCCAGUGGAGUCCUCAGAAGAUACGCUUGAUAGUUCCGCGAAUAUCGGGACCGUAUCGCAUGGUGCACCCUCGACACAAGUCGCCGUAGCUCAGGAACCCGUCAACGCUAUCAAUCCCUUCGGAGCGUGGUUUCAGCCACUGAACCAGAACACUACCACUAUUGUCUGGGACGACGAUGAAAGUGAUUCAGAUGAUGGAUUGUUUGUACCUUCAACUACACAUAUUCACAUCGCGUUUGCCAAUGCGAUCCAACCUGCGCGAGCGUACUGCGAGAUUGGUACAGCCUUCACCCUGGCAAGACAACCGAAAAUCACAUCGCCGCUUCUGAUAGUGACAAAGGAAGACGUUCAUCUCUACCAGCGACCUUUGGACUACAUUGGCGAUAAAUCGGAUCCCAUUAUCACUAUUCGACAACCCCUUCACCCAGACAAACGUGAGAACGCAUUUCCAUUCAUUCCCGGAUCACACGAUCGCCACUGCUACACCACACAAAUUCCGGAACUGGGCAUCUUCAUUGUCGCCUCACCGAAUGGACGCGCUGGUAUCUUCAGCCUUACAAAAUCAGCAAAAAAAAACGCAGGGCCGGCCAAUAGUAAGAUCUGGGACGUCGAAGGUGCGAGAUUGAUUGGUGUCGCCGCUGGGCCAGUCCAAGGAAUGCUGGAUCGACCUGACAGAUUCAGCAACGAAAACGAACAUAUCUUCGAGGACGCUGGAAAACCAGGCAUGAGGCGGUGGAGAUUGAUGAUGUACUUCACAGAUCACACCGUCUUGGCAUUCGAGGUUGCAAAGCAAAGAGAUGGCGCGAUGCCUGGAGUCGGCGAGCUGGUUGUUUGA